CAAAGGACUCUUCCUGUGGUGGCAGAACUGCUCUACGGAGUGCAAGUCCUGACUCUCUCCCAGAUGGAACUCAGUGCUGCCAAUCACCGAAUACUCCUCAACGAUGGGAACAGCAUUCCUAUUAUUGGACUUGGGACCUUCUCAGAUCCUAAAUCAACCCCUGCAGGGUCCUGCCUGACAGCAGUGAAGAUGGCUCUUGAUUUAGGGUACCGGCAUUUUGAUGGGGCCUACCUCUAUCGCAAUGAACAUGAAGUAGGCCAGGCCUUCAAGGAGAAGAUAAGAGAAGGAAUGCUCCAGAGAGAGGAUCUUUUCUACUGUGGAAAGUUGUGGUGUACACAUUUAGAGCCAGUGAUGGUUCGUCCAUACCUAGAAAGGACACUCAAAUGUCUCCAGGUAGACUACGUGGAUCUUUAUAUCAUUGAACUACCAAUGGCUUUUAAGCCUGGAGAUGAUUUUUAUCCUAAAGAUGAAAAUGGCCAAUGGUUAUUUCACCCUACUGAUCUCUGUGCCACUUGGGAGGCUUUAGAAGCAUGUAAAGAUGCUGGCUUGGUGAAAUCCCUGGGAGUCUCCAAUUUUAACCGCAGACAGCUGGAACUCAUCCUAAACAAGCCGGGACUCAAAUAUAAGCCUGUCAGCAACCAGGUGGAAUGUCAUCCAUAUUUCACUCAGUCCAAACUCCUGAAGUUUUGUCAACAGCAUGAUAUUGUCAUUGUUGCAUAUAGUCCUUUGGGAACUUGUAGGGAUCCACGAUGGGUGAAUGUUUCUUCUCCACCUCUGUUAGAGGAUGCACUUCUAGUCUCCUUGGGGAAAAAGUACAAUAAGACAGUAGCCCAGAUCAUUCUGCGUUUUAACAUUCAGCGAGGAGUGGUUGUCAUUCCUAAAAGUUUUAACCCUGAAAGGAUAAAAGAAAACUUCCAGAUCUUUGACUUUUCGCUCAGUGAAGAAGACAUGAAGAGAAUUGAAGCAUUGGACAAAAAUGUCCGCUUUGUGGAACUGCUCAUGUGGCAAGAUCAUCCUGAAUACCCAUUUAAAGAAGAAUACUGACCUCAGAGAACUACUCUGAGAACUACUCAGACAACUCCCAGAUUUCCCUCUCACCUUUGCAACACAAGGAGUGAAGCUCUGCCCCCCUGAACUGGGAAGACUGUCUGAGGAGAUGGUGAUGGGAACAGGCUUAAAUUUGUACCGUAUGUGACUUUGAUUUAGCAAUGAUUCUAAUGAAAUGUAUCUUAUUUAACUACCUAUAAUUACCAGCUGAUAUUUUAUGAGCUCAAUGUCUUGUGGGUUAUAGGCAGAAAACCAUCAGGCUUUAGAAAAGACUUUUAAGGCAGCAUUUGAAGCGCAUGGCUCAUGAAUCUGGGUACCGGCAAUGUCAUCCGCUUUGCUUAGCAGUUCACAGGACAACAAAGAAGUGAAGAGUCAGUGGGCACAGGGCCUGGACAGUUUGAACACAGACUCCACUACAGAUGCAGCAGCAAUAAAGACCUACCCUUCCAAGGGUUUCUAACAAGCAAGUCGUUUGCUCUACCUUGAGAAGAGAGAAAGCCUAGCACAGUCAAAACAAAGCUAAUUAAACACCUCAAUGGUCAACAAAGCUAUAAAGAUUUUGUUAUUCGUUGCCAUCUGAUGUGUUUACCUUUUGCCCUUCUUGAGGGCUGGGUAAUUGAUGGUCUCUCAUGCAUCAAAGAGUCUGAGCUCCUGCAUAGCUGGUGAUUCAUACGUCCACUGCCUGUUCAUGCCCCAUUCAUCAUACAACUAUCAUUAAUACAGAGUGGCUGGAGACAACCGACACUGGCAAAUAAAACCCUACAGCAUAAACAUAACCAUUUUAAAGAGGAGAUUUAAAAGGAGACUUUAGAAAGCGCAUUGGAAAGAGCAGCAUAUUCAAACCAUGAUGCCUUAAAAUAUACCUUAAAAAUAUAAUUGCGAUAACUGAAAGAAUACUAGCAAUUUUUACCUUAUGUAAAAAUUUUCAGUGAAUAAGAUGAUAGCUAGAAUUCUAUGACUGAUAUGUACUUAUUUUCAAUUAAAAAUAGAACAAUAUACUUGAUCCAUCACAUUAGAGCUCUCUUAUGGAGCAAGAAAAUAGCUCAAUAUUAUAUGUCCAACACUAAUUGCUUUCAGAUAAUCUUCAAUUUCCUGAAAACACAUUUCUGAGAAAUUAUUAUAUAAGAAAAUAUUGUAUGUAUUGUUUUCACUGAUUUCAAUAUUACUACUUGUAAUGCUGUUCUUUGAAAAAUAUUUUGGUUACAAGAAAAUAUAAAUAUGCUUAAAUUUGGUUACAAGAAAAAAUAAAAUAUGCUGAUUUGUUCU